UACAAAAAGGUAGAUAGGAAAGUUAGACCAGUACCCGGAGUCUUCCCAGAAGAAGCUAAGGUCACAAGGAACUUUCCAGAAGACCCCCUAGAUUCACUAGUCCCAUUACCCACUACACCACCAGAAUUUAUACCUAAUGGCAGACUUACUAAAGAAAGGCUUGAAGAAAUCAACUUCAAUGCUGAUAAGUUUCUAUGGCCUGAAGAGGAAAAGCUCUUUACCCAUAUACUACAGCUAAAUCAAAAUGCCUUUGUCUUUGAAGAUACCCAAAGGGGAUCCUUCAGAGAAGACUACUUCUCCCCCUACAUUAUUCCAAUAGUUCCUCAUGAACCCUGGGCUUUUUCCAAUAUUCCCAUACCACCUGGAAUAAGAGAGAAAGUAGUAGAAUUGCUAAAAGAAAAGAUAGCUGCAGGAGUGUAUGAGGCUAGCCAGUCUUCAUAUAGAUCAAGAUGGUUUUGUGUAAUAAAGAAAAAUGGAAAG